CUUUCCUCCCAAGCUCCCACCACCACUCCUCCCUCCUCGCCUCCUCGGCCUCCAUUUCUCCAAGCACCCACACUCGGCGCGUCCCGCCAAAAACCCCGAGCCCCCGAACCCUAUCCAGCGCCCCCCCGGCGCGCCAUGUCCGUCGCGUCCGCGGCGGCGGCCUCCCUCGUCGCCUCCACCUCGCUCUCCGUCCCCGGCCACCUCCGCCUCCGCCGCUUCCGCCUCCACCCGCGGCCCCCGCCUCCCCGGCUCCCGUGCUCCCGCCGGCGAUCGCGGGGCUGCCCUGUGCGCGCCGUCCUCGAGGACCGCGCCCCCCCGCCGGCCGAGGAGGACGCCGCCAAGCGCUACGGCCUCAACGGGAACGGGAGCGGCCUCGGGUACGACGAUGCCGCCGUCCAGAACUACCUCGGGAGCAACGGAAACGGCAACGGGAGCGCCGGCGCGGCGGUGAAGGAGAAGGAGCCCGCGGCGGCGACGGCGAGUAGCGCGGCCGUGGUUCACGUCUCGCCGGUGGAGGAUGAGAGGCGGAGGAAGGAGAGGGUGGAGGAGAUCGGGAAGGAGGAUGCCUGGUUCAAGCAGAGCGGCGGGGAGCGCUUGCCUGUGCCUGAGGUGUCUGUUGCUCCUGGUGGUCGCUGGAAUCGGUUUAAAACUUAUUCAACAAUUCAAAGAACAUUGGAAAUAUGGGGCUUCGUUUUUACAUUUAUAUUCAAGGCUUGGCUCAACAACCAGAAGUUCACCUACAGAGGGGGGAUUACGGAAGAGAAAAAGAUAAUGAGGAGGAAAGUUCUUGCCAAGUGGCUAAAAGAGAGCAUUUUGAGAUUAGGCCCCACAUUCAUCAAAAUAGGGCAGCAAUUCUCCACCAGAGUGGAUAUUCUUCCACAGGAAUAUGUGGAUCAGUUAUCUGAGUUACAGGAUCAAGUUCCUCCAUUUCCCUCAGAGACAGCUGUAAAAAUUGUCGAAGAAGAGCUGGGGGCAUCUGUCAAUGAGAAAUUUGAUAGAUUCGAUUUUGAACCAAUAGCUGCUGCUAGCCUCGGCCAGGUUCAUCGGGCACGUCUGAAUGGCCAAGAGGUUGUCAUCAAAGUGCAAAGACCUGGUCUGAAGGAGCUGUUUGAUAUUGAUCUGAAGAAUUUAAGGGUAAUAGCUGAAUACCUUCAGAAAGUGGAUCCAAAGUCAGAUGGUGCCAAGAGAGACUGGGUUGCUAUUUAUGAUGAAUGUGCAUCUGUUUUAUAUCAGGAAAUUGACUAUACGAAGGAAGCAUUUAACGCUGAAAAGUUUGCUGAGAACUUCAAAAAAUUGGAUUAUGUGAAGGUUCCUGAAAUUUACUGGGAGCACACUACACCUCAGGUUUUAACAAUGGAGUAUGUCCCAGGAAUUAAAAUUAACAGAAUAAAGCAGUUAGACAAAUUAGGAGUCGAUCGGAAAAGAUUAGGCCGGUAUGCUGUUGAGUCCUACCUUGAGCAAAUCUUGUCCCAUGGAUUUUUCCAUGCUGACCCGCAUCCAGGAAAUAUUGCUGUUGAUGAUGUCAAUGGUGGGAGGCUUAUCUUCUAUGACUUUGGAAUGAUGGGAAGUAUCAGUCAAAAUAUUCGGGAAGGACUGCUAGAAGUAUUCUAUGGAGUUUAUGAAAAGGAUCCUGACAAAGUGCUUCAAGCAAUGGUUCAAAUGGGUGUCCUUGUUCCUACCGGAGAUAUGACUGCUGUCAGAAGAACAGCUCAAUUUUUCCUUAAUAGCUUUCAAGAGCGUCUCGCAGCACAAAGGAAGGAGAGAGAGAUGGAAAAUGCAGAAUUAGGAUUUAAAAAGCAAUUAACUAAGGAGGAGAAGUUCGAAAAGAAGAAGCAGAGACUUGCUGCCAUCGGAGAGGAUCUUUUGGCAAUUGCUGCGGAUCAACCAUUUCGGUUCCCUGCCACAUUUACAUUUGUGGUCAGAGCAUUCUCAGUUCUAGAUGGCAUUGGGAAAGGCCUUGAUCCUAGAUUUGAUAUUACAGAGAUUGCUAGGCCAUAUGCCCUGGAAUUGCUAAGAUUUAAUGAAGCUGGUGUUGAAGUAGUUGUAAAGGAUGCAAAGAAGAGAUGGGAAAGGCAGUCCCGUGCAUUUUAUAAUUUGUUCCGCCAACCUGACAGAGUUGAAAAGCUUGCACAAAUCAUUGAGCGUUUGGAGCAAGGUGAUCUCAAGCUUCGUGUCAGAACACUGGAAUCAGAAAGAGCAUUUCAAAGAGUUGCCGCAGUUCAGAAGACUAUUGGAUAUGGAAUUGCUGCAGGUAGUUUGGUGAACCUUGCAACCAUGUUGUACUUCAAUUCGAUCCGGGGACCAGCAACAAUUGCGUACUCUCUUUGCGCGUUCUUCGCUCUACAAGUUCUUGUCGGCCUUAUCAAGGUGAAGAAGUUGGAUCGGCAGGAGAGACUGAUAACCGGCACUGCCUGAGCCCUGAGUCCUUCGUCCAUUGGUGACAACUGACCCGUCGUUUUUCAGUGUUGCCCGGUGUCUUCACUGUCCCAUUUUGUUUUCUCUUCUGCCCAAUUUUACUCCCAGGCGAUGUAGCAUAGCCACUGCCACCGGUGUCUAAGAGUCGUAUGUAUAUGCGGUGUAUAACAGAAAGAUGUAUAUAGUGUAUAAUAGACAUUUUUACAUGUAUCGUGCGCUUCUAUGGUGCACCAGAAACAAAGAUUUUGUUUCAUAUAUUGAUUCAGGGUGAAUGACAGGUUUCCUGGUUUCAGUUU